GGCCAUGUUUUCCAGCUAUGCUCUUCGGAAGUCUUGGCUGAUGGUCCUGCAUUCCCUCUGCCCAUCCAGGAAAGGAAAUACUGGUGUCAUACAAGGCUAGGAAGAACAUCAAGUUGAAGUGGUUAUGUUUUCCUGUUUCCACUGAGAGGUGUAUGAACCUCAAUAAGAGGAGAUAUGAUGGAUCUGAUAAUCAGAAACUGGCACAGCUCUCAACAUGUGUUCUAUAUUGAAUUAUUUCCUCACUGGAAGCUGGAGGUCACUUCUUCUGUUCCAAAAUGGGAGAAAAAUCCAGAAACACACUAACUUCUCCAACAUGCUUUUAGGUUCUGAGUCUGCUCCUCCGCGUGGCACCUUGGAGUUUCUAGCUGGCACCAUUACCUCCAACGAGUGGAGUUCUCCCACCUCCCCUGAGGGGAGCAACGACUCGGGGGGCAGCGAGGCCUUGGACAAACCCAUCGACAAUGAUGCCGAGGGCGUGUGGAGUCCAGACAUCGAGCAGAGCUUCCAGGAAGCGCUAGCCAUCUACCCGCCAUGCGGCCGGCGCAAGAUUAUCUUGUCAGACGAAGGCAAGAUGUAUGGCCGAAAUGAGUUGAUUGCCCGCUAUAUUAAGCUGAGAACAGGGAAAACACGCACAAGGAAACAGGUAUCUAGUCACAUCCAGGUCCUGGCAAGGCGGAAAGCUAGAGAGAUCCAAGCCAAGCUCAAGGAUCAGGCAGCAAAAGAUAAAGCCAUGCAGAGUAUGGCUACAAUGUCAUCUGCCCAGAUUAUCUCUGCAACUGCCUUCCAUAGUAAAAUGGGCUUGCCUGGUCUCCCACGACCAGCCUACCCUGCUGUUUCUGGGUUUUGGCAAGGACCAUUGCCAGGCCAAGCUGGAUCUUCCCAGGAUGUGAAACCUUUUUCUCAACAACCUUAUGCUGUACAGCCUCCGCUUCCAAUACCAGGGUUUGAAUCUCCUACUGGCCUCUCACCUUCCCCGUCAGCACCAGCUUGGCAAGGACGAAGGGUUGCUAGCUCCAAACUUUGGAUGUUAGAGUUCUCUGCAUUCUUGGAACAACAACAAGACCAAGACACAUAUAACAAACACCUGUUUGUGCACAUUGGGCAGUCAAGCCCCAGCUACAAUGACCCCUACCUCGAGGCAGUGGAUAUCCGUCAGAUCUAUGACAAGUUCCCUGAGAAGAAAGGGGGCCUGAAGGAGCUCUUUGAAAGGGGGCCAGCUAAUGCCUUCUUCCUUGUCAAAUUCUGGGCUGAUUUGAAUACCAAUAUUGAAGAUGAAUCCAGAUCUUUUUAUGGUGUUUCCAGCCAGUAUGAGAGCCCAGAAAACAUGGUCAUUACCUGUUCUACCAAAGUGUGUUCCUUUGGAAAGCAGGUGGUAGAGAAAGUAGAGACAGAGUAUGCACGCUAUGAAAAUGGACACUAUUCCUACCGCAUCCACCGCUCCCCUCUCUGCGAAUACAUGAUCAACUUCAUCCAUAAACUCAAGCACCUUCCCGAGAAGUACAUGAUGAACAGUGUGCUGGAGAACUUCACUAUCUUACAGACCAUUUAUGGAGUUCUAGAGAUAGUAACUCAUGCAGAGGAGCAGCAAAAGGAUUUGAGAGACCUGGUGCUGUGCAAGAUGAAAGUGCUGCUCCCUGAGCAUCUCCCACUCCCCACCGUGGAGCUGAAAAAUGCAUAAUGUAAGGCAUGUUGGUAGUCCUCUGUCCCCACUACCACCUUUGAGGCAAGUCUGAUUAUAUUUUUUCUAAACCCUUUUAUGAGCUUAGAUACCCCAUAUCCUACAAGCAUCAUUUAUCUUGCUUUGCACAUUUCUCUGGAUCUAGAACUCCCAAGAUUUCAGAAAACCCAUUUUUCAGAAAAGAGCCCAGUGCCUUAGCACACCUGGAUAUGUAUUAACUCACCACAUCUUGCAGAGGAAAGGACUUCGACUGCAAAUCCAAUCAUUAAUGCAUGCUGCAGAAACUAGGACAACACUGCUCCUUCACCAUGCUGCUGUCAUGUUGUAGAGAUGAUAAAGGGUCCUGAGGGGCCAUAGAAAAAAAAUGGGAAAAAAGGAGCUUCUGUACGAAUGCAUGAGUGUAGCAGCCAUCCUUCUCCCAACAUCUACAGUGUAUGGAAUGGGAGGUGUAAUGGAGUCAAAUCUGUUGUGACAAACAGGGACACACAGGAGACCUUGCUGUGCAUAGCAUAUGUUUUUGAAGUUUCAACUAGUGACCACGGUGCCCAACAUC